AUGAAAGAAAAAGAAGAAAGAGAAGCUAGAAAGCUAAAGGACAAAGAAAUAAAAAGUAUUAGGAAACAGAAAAAAAAGGAAGAGCAAGAACGAAAACAGAAGGAGAAGGUGGACCUUAAGAAAAAACGUCUAUUUACUGAGAAGCAGAUCAUGUCAGCGAGCAUGUAUGUAUGUGGCGACUGUAAAGAGAAGGGGAGGCCAGAUGAUGACAUUAACGGCAUUCUUUGGUUCGGCUGCGAUGAAGAGACAUGUGGAUUAUGGUUUCAUGAGCAUUGUCUGACACAACAGGCCAAGGAAUAUCUUUGGGAAAGUUUAGAAAAUGGGGAGGAGUGGUUUUGCCACAGGUGUAAGCCGUGGCUUUACGAGGAGUAG